ACCUAGAUACGAUUCGAAUUUGAUAUCAUAUAUAUUUCAUUUUAGAAAUUAUUGCAUUUUAAUUAUUUUAUAGUGUCAUUGCUACAGAGUAAAUUUUAUGUAAUUUACAAUAUUUAAUUUCUUUUUAUAUUAAGAUAUCAAGUAAACAAUUAGAUUAAAAAUGUCUCAUUUGUAAACAAAACGAAAUUGGUGUUCUAGUUCAACACCAUAUUUUGUUAAAUUUGUAACCAUUAUAUUGAUUUGUGAUAUUAUAAAUGGCUUUUUAUUCGUGCAAUCGUUAUAGACUAAUAGUUUUAAUACUUCUAAUUUUGAUUUUAUGGCAAUGUUUCCGAUUAUUGCCUCAAACUGCGACUGAUAUAACCAAGACUAAUAUAGAGGAAUUAGAAGAUGAUAAGUAUAAUAGACACAAGCAGGACAAGGUUAAAGUUAGAGUGUACUAUGAGGCUUUAUGUCCUGAUUCUAAACAUUUUUUUAUUCGACAUUUAAGUCCAGUCACAGAAAAACUAUCAGACUUUGUAGAUGUAACUUUAAUCCCAUAUGGAAAAGCAACAACAACAGAGCAGAAUGGUCACUAUUACUUUAAAUGUCAACAUGGUGAAGAGGAAUGCUAUGCAAAUAAGAUUCAUGCAUGUUCUAUUCAAGCAGUGGGCAACAUGACCACAGCUGUGAAAAUUACAGAGUGUAUGAUAUCUGAUAAUAUGGAUGCUGAUGCUGCUCUUUUACGGUGUGCAAAGCAAAUGAAGAUUAACCCAGAUCCUAUCAGCAACUGUGCUACGAGUGAACAUGGUUCAGCAUUACUGAAAAAGUAUGGAGAUGAUACACACAUUUUAAAACCAACUUUCAUACCUACUAUAAUUUUGAAUGGUUCAAAGGACAAUCAGGCUGCAAUAUUGAAAAAUUUCCUUCUUGAAGUAUGUAAAUUGAUUGAUAUGCCACUGCCUCCUCCAUGCUUGUGACAAAUUAUAUCCAAUACUCCAAAUAAACAAUUUCAUUCAAAUACACUAUAAAUAAUGUUUUCCCCUCAGAACACAUCUGUGUUUUUCCUAAACUGAAUUAUGUACAACUGUGUAUGUAAAUUAAGCUCAAAUAUAGUAUUGCUCAUUGUGUAAUUUUGUUAAUAUAACAAUGUGAUAUAUAUACAUAGACAUAGUUUUAAAUAAUACUGUAAGAGUAGUAAACUAAAAAAGUUUAGAUCCUUGGUCACUAUAAUUUCUACAUGAAAUUGAUAUCUUGGAAUGAUAAGGAAAAUUUAAUAGAUACAGUUGGUAUCUUCUAAUUUAUUUACCACAGAUGGGAAUUUGCUAUAAAUGGACAGUUCCUAUAUCCUAUUAUAUGUUAAAUACAGUUUUAAUGUAAAUUGAGUUACUUGAUUCAUCUACUGGUAUUUAAAUGUAUGUCUGUGUAUAUAUAUAUAUAAUGUUAAUAAUAUAUAAUGCAUUUCUAUAACUUUUAUUACUAUUUCGUAUUUAUAUUUAAUUUUACAAAUUGUACAAAGGCCCUAAGUACGAAAGGGGACUUUUUGUCUGCAGAUAAAAUUACUGUUAUGUAAGAUGUGUACUUGUAAAACAUGUAUGCGUUGUAGCAUACUAUCAGCCCACAAACGUUGUUUUAUUAUGACGGACAAAAAUGUAAUUGUCUUUUUUCAGACAAGGUAAAUACAAAGCCAAUUUUUUUCUGCGGACUAAAUAUCCUUCGACUGUUUAGGUCAUUAUUGUUUAUAGAAAGUAAUGUAUUGUACUUAUCAAUUGAAUAAAAUGUAAGAAAUCGUCAAGUAGCUUGAAUCAUAAUGUACGGUAGAAGAUAUAUCACUAAAAAACAUGGAAAAUUUAUGCAGAUAAGUAGACAAAUUAAUUUAUUAAGUCACAAAACCAAAAUGAUUUAAAUAUUCCAUAAACACGAGGCUGACCACUAAUUGUAAAUUAAUGAAUAAUUUGUUAUUAAUUAAGAUUAAUAAUGUAUUGCGAGAUUUUUUUUUGUCGUUUGAUGAUAUUCAUGGCAGCUUAGGAUACAUUUAAAUUUAUUUAAACCUGUGGCAAAUGUUUUGGCAUUUGUUGAUAUACAUAAUUUGUUGUUUUGUCGAUUCGAUGUAGAAAUUUUAGCAUUUUAUAUGCAAUUUUAAUGUUUUAAUAAAUGAAACCUGAUUUAUAUUUAUAUUAUAGAUUUAAAGCGAUUUCGGUUGUGGAUUCUAUACAAUUUGUAAUGAUUUCCUAUAGGAUAAGCUAUUAAUUUUAAAAAAUUUUUUUUCUUGCCUAUUUAUGCGGAAUAAUGAUUAAUUUUUAAAGGAAAUGAGUAGAAUUGCUUGUAAUAUAUGCUAAGUUUGUGAAAUAGUAAAUACUAAGUAUUACUGCAAACAAUGUAAGGGAUCAAAACUGUUAUAAACUGAAUUUGUACAAAAUAAAGAAUCAAUACAAUCCAUAUUAAGACCGGCUCGAAAUAAACGACGUUUUUAUUAAAAGCUUUUACAAUAAUAUGUGAUGAUGAAUGAUGUAGGUAUAUUGUAUAGUGUACCUACCUACUUUUAAUUUCCUGAAAAAGAUUUUAUCUUUUAUUCUUUGAAUUUAAUUACAAAGUAAUAUCAGUGCCUACUGGCUUACAUUACUUUAUGUUUUCUUUGACAGCAAAUAAAAAACAAUUAAGCAGUUUUUAUUCAUGUCCUGAUAAUAUAUUUAUAU